AUGCUGCGGAAGAAGCCGCAGUGGGUCGUGGGAGUGCUGGUGGGAUGCAGUUGGUGCAUCCGCGUUGGAUUCGCGUCAUGUGCAGAGGACUACGCCACUUUCAGGAUUCCAUGUUUGCAGGGCACGCCGAAUACCUUUCGGCCGGGCGCGCACAGUGGAGAUCGCAAGACCAUGCUGGGGCUGCUGGAUGAGGCUUCCCAGACGAUUGAAUGUUGCGUGGGCGUGCUGCAGGGCCGAGUGUUUGAGGUGGGCUUGAAGGUGGGCCCCUAUCUGCAUCGCUUGCUCCACACAUAUCCGACCUUAGCGGAGAGGUUAGCGACAAUCUUGGAGAACAACCCAGCGGCAAUUCAGUAUGGGAUGUUUUGUAGCCCACCGAGCUGUGAGGAGGAGACGAUCGGUCCAUUGGCUCUGCAGGAGGUGCUCCUGAAACGCCUGGCGCGCUUCAGUGACGAGGAGGCUGCCUUGGCCAUACCACGAGGACCUCGAGCCGGACGACGCGGAUGGAGCAACCGGAGUGGUCAGCCGAAGAUGGAGCAACCUCAGGAGCUUCCGGAGAUGGAGACGGAGGUCCUGGUGAAGGAGACAGAGGUCCUAGAGAUGGAGACGGAGGUCUUGGUGAAGGAGUUAGUGAGUUGGGAUGAGAUUGGAGUGGACUUCGUGAUCGCUGGCCUCGGACGCUGCGGCACAACCUCUUUGCAUCAAAGCCUGGUAUCGCAUCCCAACAUCGCCUUUACCAGUCCUUCAGAGGACUACAAAAUUUUUGCGGAAGGCCAGUCCAACCGCUUUCUACCCACGAAGCAGACAGCCCGGGCACUCCAAAUCCGCAGCUCACAGCGCGGACAACCCGGGCUGCUGGGACUUCGAAAUCCGGCGAUUUCCUUGUAUCCGCUCUCGUACUACACCAUCUUCUUGCAAGAAAGGAUGAAGAUGAUAUUGGUGCUGUGCGAUCCUUUGAGUCGCAUCGAGAAGCAGUUCAUGUGGUUCCACUACUGUCACCCUGACGUGGAGGCGGCUGAAGCUCGAAAGGAUGCCAUUCCCAGAGUUCUGAAAUCCAGGAAUGACUGCGAUCCCAGCAUCCAUGCUUUGCUGUCAAGUCGGCAUAGCGCCUGGCUCCGCAGCCAAAUGAUUCAUUUGCACUUGCUGGAGCUCAUCAAGCUUUUCCGCCAUGAACGUCUUUUUGUCCUCCACCGCGCCAGCCUCAAUGACCGGAAGACCUAUUCGACUCUUGCUGAAUGGCUCCAGGCGCCCGCCUUUCCCCAGACGUGGAACCAGAUGCGACGUGUGAACUUCCGCCUGGGACAUCGCACGGACUUGUGCCACAACCAGACGCUUCAAGUGCUCUUGAAGCGCCGAUUGGCGCCGGAGUAUGCUGCGAUACAGUUUGCCUUGAGGUGGCAAUCGCGAACCUUCCAACAACUUGCUGCAGAUCGAGAGCUAAUGCUGCACAUCAGCCGGUGUGACAAGGAGGAGGAGCUGGUGGAAGGCCCUUGUGGGCUCUAUGACCUCGAGGAACAGGGCUGUCCGACUUGGUGA